AUGGCGGCGCAGGACGAAGGGGAAUCUCUCCUCCAGAGAGAAGCAGGUGCAGAGAUGCUAAAAGAUAAGGUUGAGAAAAUGGACAGCAGGAAAAAGAAUGAGUCCAAACUGGUUCUGUAUCAUUGGACCCAAUCAUUCAGUUCGCAGAAGGUGAGGUUGGCCAUAGCUGAGAAGGAUUUGCAGUGCAAGGAGUAUGAUGUGAGCUUGCCUCUGAGUGAACACAACGAGCCAUGGUUCAUGCGCCUGAACCCGGCUGGCGAGGUUCCCGUUCUGGUGCAUAAUGACCAUGUCAUCUGUGACCCAACACAGAUCAUGGAUUACUUAGAGGAAACUUUCAAUGAUGAAAAAACUCCAAAGCUCAUUCCAGAGACAGGGAGUACAUAUUAUCACAGAGUUCAGCACUAUCGUGAGCUGCUGGACUCACUGCCCAUGGACGCUUACACACACGGAUGCAUUCUUCAUCCCGAGCUCACUGUUGACUCGCACAUCCCGGCCUACGCCAACACGCGCAUCCGAGCACAGAUAGGGAACACGGAUUUGGAGCUGAAGAAACUGGCAGAAGAAAACCCAGAGCUUAAAGAUGCUUAUAUCUUAAAACAGAGACGCUUAAAAACAAAGCUGUUCGAUCACGACAACAUAAAAUAUCUGAAGAAGAUUCUGGACGAGCUGGAGAAAGUUAUGGAUCAGGUGGAGACGGAGCUGCAGAGGAGAGCAGAGGAGACACCAGAGGAAGGAACUCAGCAGUCGUGGCUGUGCGGCGAUUUCUUCAGCAUGGCCGAUGUUUCGCUCGCCGUCACGCUCCAUCGGCUCAAGUUCCUCGGGCUGUCGCGUCGUUACUGGGGCAGCGGCACGCGGCUCAAUCUGGAGUCGUACUACGAGCGCGUCCUGGAUCGCCCUACGUUCCGAAGGGUCCUCGGACACGUCAACAACAUCCUCAUAUCAGCCGUGUUACCAACUGCUUUCAGAGUGGCCAGGAAAAGAGCGCCCACCUUCAUCGGCACCACGGCAUUAAUUGGAUUAUUAGGAGGAGCAACGUAUUUCGCUUUUCUCUAUUUCAAAAAGCGACUGCUUGUGUCCUGAUGUAGCAGUGGAUAGUCAUUUUUCAUGGCCUGCUCUAUUUGGUUUGCCAAGCCUAUGUGUAUAUACUGUCAUUUCUGGACUAGAGAAGAUAGAUGAAAGUGCUGUACAGCAAAUUAUGUGUAUGUUGUAUCGUUUAAUUAUUUAAGAUUUCACAAAGUGUGACAGAAAAUAUUAAUUUAAAUUUUUUUUUCCUUCUAAUUUCUUUUUCCUAAUACAAUGCAUGUUUAAUUGUUUGAUGAUGUGUCGACAAGUUACCUACUAAACAGUUACGUUAUACAGUACUUAAAUGUUAUACAGUAACUAAAGCUGAUCAUAUAACAAGUCUAAUCUUAUAUAUAUAUAUAUAUGGCACACUGUUUGGCCAAAAAAAAGUAAGUACCUCACAAGAUUUCAUUGAGCACCUUUAGCUCUUGAUUAAAGUUCAUAGUGGGGUGGCAAAUUCAUACAGUAUGUAAAGAUUACUCAUGCUCCCAGCACCACACUUGAAUCCUGAUGCAUGUUAUCAGAAUAAAAAAAUUAAAAACCUGCACUGAUGUGAUAACCUGGUCAUUCAGUACAUUCAGUUUGUUAGCUGACUUCAUUUUAUUGCCACAUACCAUUGCUGAAUCUAAACCUGACGAACGGAAGCAACUAAGCUUGUACAGAGAGCACAAUGCAUGAUGGGUACAGUACAAUUCUUAUCCUAUUGCUCCAAAGUCCAGGAUUUUAUUAAAAAAAAUUUCCCCCGAUUUUUGUCCCUAAUUUAUCAUGUCCCCGUCACUAGGGGCUCUCACAUUAAGACGAAAUUUCAGUCGGGAAUGCCGAAGACUUGUGUGAGCUUACAGACGCCCCGAUUGGCUGUAGAGCUGUAUUUAACGUGGAAAGUCUAAGUGGCUCCCAUCCCACCCUGCUGAGAGAGCUCGGCCAGGUUGAGAAACUGUCAGAGCUAAAAUUCACAUUCAUUAUA